AUGCCUCUGUCGACCGCUGCUCCUCCAAACAAGAAGAAGAAGGCCAACAAGAUCAUCACCGACCUCACCAACAUCAGUCAGAACGACGAUGAGUCAGACUCGGAGGCCGCAGAGUUGGACCUGGGAACCAAAAUCAAGACCCCCAAAGACGUGAUGCUGGAGGAGCUGUCUCUGAUGAAGAACAAAGGCUCCAAGAUGUUCCAGAUGAGACAGCAGCGCGUCGAGAAGUUCAUCGUCACCAACGAGAACCUGAACAACUUGGAACAGCUGCUGAUUAUCCCACCUCCACCUCCUCCAAAACCUGAGGUCAUCAAACAAGAAGAAAAACCUGAGGUGAACGAGGCGGAGGAGAAGGAGCGGAGGAGGAAGCAGUACGUGCGCGCCUAUGUGUCGCCAUGGGAACGGGCCAUGAAGGGCGACGAGAUCCUGGUCGCCACCAUGAAGGGACAAAUGCCCGGGCCCAUCAAGAUACACGUCGACCUGCCGCAGUACAAGAGCUUCAACAGGACGGCGCUGCCUUUCGGUGGUCCUGAGAAAGCCUCUAAGAUGUUGACCUUUGAACUCCCGGAGGUGAUGGUGACCCCCGAGGAGCCCGAGCCUUUGCCCAGCCUGCAGCCGGACAUCAGGUCCAGACCCUCGUUCAACCGCACCCCCAUCGGCUGGGUCUGCUCCGAGGACAACCCCCACAUGCCCCUGGAGCUGGACAACAUGCCCUUCGACGGAGAAACCGACGACCUUUGA